AUGCUCAGUUUAGUUGUCCCCCCUAGGAAAAACUGCUGCAGUGGAUUCACGAAAUCGUUUUUGCUCAGCCAGGCAUAUUUGAAGCGUUCCACAUUUACCUGCAAAAGUGCCAAACGUUUUUUUUUCCUGAGAAGGGGCUUCACAGAACUUAGUGCACAUAAAAGCGGAGUCCCCAUUUGGGAUGCUCAAAACGCUUCCUACGCGUCGACCGGAGGUGCCAAUAAAGACGGGGCCACAUUCAUCGAGGGGUCACAGGAUGACCGCAGACCUGCCCCCUCACCCGAACUAAGUGGUAGCCCGUCCUACGUAGACCGACGAAGGGCUCAACCAGGGGAGGAUGCAGAAUCCCUCCUUUGCAAAGACGAAGACGGAGGCGGCGAAACCAGCAUAGAAGAGGCAGAAGAAAUUGACAAAGACGCAAAGAGAAGCCUUCUGGAAGUAUUCAAAUACAAGAAAUUUACAAAUGUGCAAAACAUAAUAUACGAAAAUGUUAUAAGAAAAAAAAAAACAAAUGACCUACUCGUUCAGGCAAAAACAGGAACAGGGAAAACCAUCUCAUACCUACUUCUAGCAAUAAAUGACAUUGAAAAAAAUAGAAUUAUGAGUGUCCACACACUUAUAAUAGUACCCACGAGAGAACUGGCAAAUCAAAUUUAUAACGAAGCAAAAUUGCUGUUAACCUUUAAAAAUAAUAUCAACGUGUUAACCCUAAUUGGAGGAAUCAAAAGAAGAGAAGAUCAAAUAAAUCUGAGAAGAAUUAAACCAGACAUAGUUAUCUGCACAGUAGGAAGGCUAUUAGAUCACUUUGAAUGUACAUACUUAUUUAACACCCUGUUCGAUAAUUUGAAGAUGCUCAUAAUUGAUGAAGCAGACCAGCUGCUAAGCUUAGGCUACGAAAAUGAUAUCAACAGAAUGCUAACCUAUUUGCCCAAGAACAGGAGGAACUUCCUGUUCUCAGCAACGCUAAGUCAUAAUAUUGAUGAAAUAAGACAGAAAAUGUGUAAGCAGGAUUAUAUGUUCCUAAAUUGUGUACAGGACCCUUCAAAACACACGAAUGAACAGCUAAAGCAGUAUGUAAUUUUUCACAAAGCAGUUGACACGACUGUUAUUUUGUACAAUUUACUGAUGGAGCAUAUGAGAUUAAAUCAAUUCACAUACAAAAUAUUAGUGUUUUUCCCAACUGCUAGAGCUACGUGGUUUUAUGCAAAUUUUUUUAAAACUCAACUAAAAAUUUCGGUUUAUGAAAUUCAUAGAAAAAAAGAACCUGCACAAAGACAAAUAACAGCUAACAGAUUUGCUGUAGAAUCUGUAGGAAUAUUAUUUACCUCAGACAUAAGCUCUAGAGGAAUUAACUACCCUGAUGUAACCCUAAUUAUUCAAGUAAAUUGUGCCAUUUCGAGGGAGCAGUAUAUACAUCGCGUUGGGAGAACAGCCAGAAGCAACAAAACAGGAACGGGCAUUCUACUGCUGAAUGAAGCAGAUGAAUUAUUCUAUCAACAAAUAAAAGAUUUAAAUAUUCAAGUGCUAAAUACAAAUGAUUAUUUAUUAAAAAAUGUUAACGUCUCCAAUUAUCUCAGCAGUUGGAUGUCUAACACACAACUCCUUUACUUGGCUUAUGCGUACUAUUCUUCGCUCCUACGAUUUUACAAAACAAAAUAUGCUACUCUUAAACUAUCGGAUGAUGAAAUUAUUGACGUUGUUAAUAAUGCCUUGCUUUCCACCGGGCUCGUUGAGCAACCCCACAUUUCCAGCAAGCUAGCCAUUACAUUAAAUAUGCAAAAUAACACCAGGCUCAAAAUUAGGAAAGACAUCGAUGACUUGCUGCUGUAG